UGCAGAAAUUGUGUCCAUGAUUCAUAAUCAUAUAUUCUUCACCGUAAUUUAGUUAGAAAAUUAGUUGGUGGAUGACCGAACCGAAUUGGGGAUACCAGCUUCUGUAAAAGCUUUGUAACAGAGAGGAGAGUACUUAAAUGUUGAAGAUGUUUACUGUACAAACGAUCAUCUGCCAACUCAUCAACCGAGCAAGGCCUUCACCCUCUGCACGGCUAUCUACAAGUGGGGACAACAUUAUCACAACACUGACUGAUGGAGGACACAUGAUAGAAAUGGUACGAUCCAUCGUGCCUCCAUUAGAUUAUACCAAGCACAAAGGACAAGAUGGGCGUAUAGCGACAAUAGGAGGUUGUCAAGAGUACACCGGUGCACCAUACUUUGCUGCUAUAUCUGCAUUCCGUGUUGGCUGUGAUCUCUCCCAUGUCUUCUGUACUAUUGGUGCUGGUACAGUUAUCAAGUCCUACAGUCCUGAACUCAUUGUUCAUCCAUGUCUAGACGCCACAGAUGGUGUGGAAGAAGUUAAGAAGUGGUUACCCAGGAUGCAUUCCAUUGUUAUUGGUCCAGGACUCGGAAGGGACCAGAAACUGCUAGACCAAGUCAAGAGUGUGAUAGCUGAAGCCAAAGAAUUGGAACUGCCUCUUGUUUUUGAUGCAGAUGGAGUAUUUCUGUUAACACAAUCACCAGACUUGAUCAGAGACUACAGACAAGCUAUCCUAACACCCAACCAGGUGGAAUUCAAACAUCUCUUCAAGAGUGUGGUUGGAUCUGAUGUCAACCCAACUGAACCUCAAGCUGAUGUGAUGGAAUUGAGUAGAUCAUUAGGUCAUGUUACCGUGUGCAGGAAAGGGGAGAAUGAUAUCAUUUCAGAUGGUCACAAUGUUCUGGUAUGCUGUGGCGAAGGGAGCCCACGAAGGUGUGGCGGGCAAGGAGAUAUUCUAUCAGGGACUUUGGGUGUGUUCUCAUUCUGGGCUCAUCAAGCUUGUCUACAUAGGGCAAACAUCCAGAAUGAAUACCUGAAGAUAUUUGGCCCUACCCUGUGUGCAGCAUAUGGUGCAUGCCUGUUGACUAAAAGAUGUUCUAGUAGAGCCUUUGAGAAGCAUGGAAGAGGAAUGACUACGACAGAGAUGCUACCAGAAAUACAACCAGUCUUUGCUGCUCUGUUUGAGACUUCAGAAUGAAGUAUGAUAGGUCUUACAGAGGUUCUUCUGGAGGCAAGAUUUCACUGUCCAGGCGCAUUCAUCCAAGGUCCACAAGACUCCUGGAAGAUCUGUCCCAGAGAUGGUGCUAAAGGUUCAUUGUCUUGUGCAUGACCUUGAGACAGAGGUCACCUCUUGAGAACAGAGAUGAAAGCAUCUUUGGGCACUUCAACAUUGCCAAACUUCUUCAUCCUCUUCUUCCCUUCAGCCUGACGACGAAGGAGUUUCAUCUUCCUGGUGAUGUCACCUCCAUACUGGAAGUAAAAAAAUCGAAAAUAAAGUAGCUGUCACCUCCGCACUGGAAGUAAAAAAUAGAAAAAGAUGUCCCCGCCAGGUUUGAAAUCAUAAAUUUAAAGAAAGUGUAUUCACUAUAAAAUCAUGGGUAAUCUUAUUACUAGAUCACCAAUCUGAUAAAUUAUCUCCAGGUUAUAUUAUUUCGUUGAAAGAAGUGAAGGGUUACACUAGAACAUUCACAUGAGAAAAGCAUAUUUCUAAAAAAAUAUUUUGCUUUAAUAAUGACUUCAUGCAUACCUUGUUUAUUUGUGCCACUUUUAAUUUUUUUUUAAUAAUAUAUUCUCAAGGGGAACAAGGUCUCUGUUACACAUUUGAGCAAAUGUCAAUGUGUAACAUAUGGACUUUUAGUAAGUAUUGAUUUUUUUUCUAAGGGUUUUUUUUGGUAUAAUUUACACAAUAUUAAGUAUAUUUCAUCAUGUGAAUGUACAUAACGGUACACGGUCUUUGGUUGUUUUUCUGAAACAGAUUAUGUGUUGUAUAAUUGUAAUAUAACCCAAUUAUUUUUGAAAAAACAGUUCCUUUGCAUUUAAACCAAAGACAACUCACAAAAUUAGACUGAAAUUUAUGUAGUAUGGUAAACAGUGAAUAUGGGCCCAAAAAUGGGCCUGUUGUAUGGAAACAUUAAUGUAAAAGGUGGAAUGGCAGAGUUACUAUCUGUCAGGUUUAGGCAAUUGGAUGAGAGCUCAUUACUGGUAAAAAAAACAAUAUUCCUGGACCACAUUGCACAAAAUGUAACAUGGUAUUUGCUUGAAUUGUGUUGUGCUAUGAAAGAAAGUUAUACUUAAAUUUUAAGAAAUAUAUUUUUUUUCUUGUGGAGUUAUCUACUUCAAGUUUGGGCAAGAUUAGAACACAACAGCUAUGCAAAAUACACUAAUUAUUGUAACAGACACCCAAAACAAUAAAAUAGAAAUGAAUCCUAUCACAAAAAUUUGAUUAUAUU